GUGAUGCACAGUCUUGCCUUGACUUGUUCUGCUGCUUACAGAAGCUGAAGCCUCAGGCAGACGCUGUCACUGUUACACUGCAGCUGAUCGUCCCUAACUGCCAGCCCUGAUUAUCUACAGGAGCAGACACUGAAACACAAAAUGCCUCCAAAAAGAAAAACAGCCGCAGCCCAAAAACAAGGUUCUGUAAAAGGAAAGAAGGUAAAGAAAGAGAUUAAGGAAGAGGUUAAGGAGGAGCCAAUUCAGGCCCCUGACCGCUUCAAGAGUGCUGCAGAGGCGCUGAAAGCAACUGCUGGAAAGAAAGGGAAAGCAAAAGUGGAUUCUGCCUGUUCCCAUUGCCAAUCAGCCGAGGUAUAUGAAGAUUAUGACUGCAUGUUAAACCAAACUAAUAUUGGCCACAAUAACAACAAGUUUUACAUUAUCCAGCUUCUCAAUCAGAGUGGAAGCUACUUCACCUGGAACCGUUGGGGCCGUGUGGGAGAAAUUGGGAUGUCCAAGCUGUCACCAUUUGCCAAAUUGGAAGAUGCUAAGAAAGAUUUUGAGAAGAAGUUUAAGGAUAAGACAAAGAAUUCAUGGUCAGAGAAAAAUAAUUUUAUUGCCCAUCCAGGAAAAUACACCAUGAUCGAGGUUGAACAUGAUGAUGACGAUGAGAUGGGAGAGGCUGUUGUCAAGAAGGACACCGUAGAUGGAGUGACCAAGAAGGUGCGCCCAUGCUCCCUGGACAAAGCCACUCAGGAUCUCAUGUCUUUAAUUUUCAGCACUGACAUGUUUAAGGAUGCCAUGCAGACCAUGAAUUUAGAUAUUAAGAAGAUGCCUUUAGGAAAGCUCAGCAAAGCUCAGAUAGCAAAGGGCUUUGAUGCUCUGGAGCAGCUGGAAGCCGCGAUUGAUAGAGGCGCAAAGAAGAAUGAGCUGAGCGAACUCGCCUCCAGAUUCUACACCAUAAUCCCACACAACUUUGGACGCAGUACGCCCCCUGUGAUUGACAGCAAGGAGGUGGUCCAGGCCAAGAAAGACAUGCUGCUGGUUCUUGCAGACAUAGAGCUGGCUCAGACGCUGCAGGCAGACAAGAUUAAGCAGGAACAGGAAACAAAGCUGGAAGAGGUUCCUCAUCCAUUAGAUGUGGAUUAUCAACUCCUGAAGUGUCAUCUCAAUCUUGUAGACUCAAAGAGUGAGGAAUAUAAGAUAAUGAAAACAUAUGUGGAUAAAACAGGGCCUACAUACAGAAAGCUGGAGAUCCUGAAUGCAUGGUCUGUGGACAGAGAGAAUGAGGAGGAGCGCCUCAGUGCGCACAAAAACAUAGAGAAUCGACGCCUGCUCUGGCAUGGCACUAAUGUGGCAGUGGUUGCUGCUAUACUGAAAAGCGGUUUGCGCAUUAUGCCACAUUCUGGUGGACGUGUGGGAAGAGGAAUCUACUUUGCCUCUGAAAACAGUAAAUCUGCAGGAUAUGUUGGCUGCACGUCUCAGAGCCUUGGGAUUAUGUUUCUGAAUGAGGUUGCAUUGGGUAAGGAGCAUCACAUUACAAGGGACGACUCCUCGCUGCGUAGUGCCCCUAAGGGGUACGAUAGUGUGGUGGCAACUGGACUAACUGAGCCAGAUCCUGCUCUGGACCGUGAGCUGGUUCUAAAUGGUCGGAAGAUUAAAGUUCCUCAGGGUCCUCCCAUCCAAAGGCAGAAAGAUACACACUUUAGCCAGAGCGAGUAUCUAGUGUAUAAAGAGAGCCAGUGCCGUCUGCGCUAUCUUCUGCUAAUCAAGUUUUGAUCAUAUUUCACUUGACUUCAUGCCUCUAUAUUUCUGUGCAGACAAAACCAUCUCUAUUUACAAAGGCUCUUUACAUUGUAUAACUACAUAGCCUGGGCUUUCCACUAUAAGACAUACAGAACAGAUGUGUGUAUGUAUGUAUAUAUAUUAUACACACACAGUGUUCUCCACAGGAUAGACUUCUUAAUGGGUGAAUUUUACUGAUCACCUGGCUAAAAUCUGAGUCAAUAUCAUGAUCAAAUUAGCUAAUAUUAAACAUUUUCAAUGUUAAUUGCACAAAUUAGCAUUUAAUAAAUGUAUUUAAAAUUAUGUAAAUUUGUGCAUUGGAUAUAUUAUAAGUAAGUAGUAUACUGCCCCUAUCCUGCUACUUAAUAAUGCCACCCAGCUAUUUUCUGUGGAGAACAUAUAUAUAUAUAUAUAUAUAUAUAUAUAUAUAUAUAUAGUGUGUGUGUCUAUCUAUAUAUGUAAUAAAUUAGGCUAUUACCUAUAAGUUUGUGUUUUGUAUAUAAAUGCGUCUUUUGUGUAUGCAAUAAAGAGAAAAUUGUGUCA